CCCACCAGCCCGGCAUACAGCCCGACCUCGCCGGCAUACAGCCCGACCAGUCCGGCAUACAGCCCGACUAGCCCGGCCUAUAGCCCGACGUCGCCGGCGUACAGCCCCACCAGCCCGGCCUACAGCCCGACGAGCCCGGCUUACAGUCCUACCUCACCGGGCGUUGGAAGCCCGGCAAGCCCAGAAGAUUCCCCGGGCACGUCCCCGGGGGCGGGCGGUGCGACGAGUCCAGCAGGAGGGAGUAGCCCGUACAGCCCUAUGGGCACGAGCCCGUACGCCGGGGCGAGCAGUCCGUACAGCCCGGACGGGCCAAGCACUCCGUCGAGUCCGAUGAGCCCGACGAGCCCGAACAGCCCGGCAAGUCCCGAUGACGCCAGUCCGGCCUACUCCCCGAUUAACUGAGGCACAGCAAGAGGAUGGAAGGAAACGAAUGGUGCAGGAGCUCUUCAGCGUUGUGGGAGAUCGAUAAAUCGGUGCUCCUUCCCCGGUUGUCACCGGUAGUUAAACACCUGGCGGGACCGCGGGGGGGGGAGCGGACUCGGGGAAGUAGAAAGGCGGUGACUGCUAUGUAAUAGCCCCAUUUGCUACGUUUGUCGUGAUGUUUUUUUACAGCAGGAUUGUUGGUCCGCAGGAGAAGGAAAGGAUGGAAAGUGGUUUCCGCAUCAUACCCUCAAUUAUUUGUUUGUGCGUAGAGUCCGAGGUUGGCAGGGCCGACUCUCCGAAAAACUGUGUGGGAUGCCGAGUUUUGGCGUAGACUAAGGGGUAGGCUGGGUCGCGACUUGCGAAACAGUGUGUAGGUGGCGAGGUGUAGGCCUUUUGUGGUUUCCUGGACGAUCGAAACGAAACCUUGUAUUCGGGUCAAGCUUCUGGUCGACGUUUUCCCCCGCCAACACCUGUGUAGAAGCGGACUUGCCACCCCCCCGCCCCGCGCUCCGCCUUGGCUUUGUAGGCAUGCGAGGUCAAUGGUCUCACGACUGCGGCAUGCACAACGAUGAGUACCCCCCCCCCCCAACGAUAGAGGGUUGGUUGCGGUUGCUCGAUAUUCACCAUGAACGAUGCAUGCCAACGAGUGUGGGAAGUCGAGAUGGUGGGGGUUUUGUGGUGGUCGUUUGGAGCGAAACAACACAUACAGAGUAAUGUGAUUUUAACAGUGAACUGG